CCACCCCCCUCGGCCUGUUUCUUCCAGAUCGCCAUCCGGGCCUGCUUCCUGGGCUUUGCGUUCGGGUGCGGCCUGUUGCUCAGCUUCAGACAGUCUUCAUGGAAACAUUUUGGCUGGUACAUAUGUUCUUUGUCGCUGUUCCAUUAUUCAGAAUAUUUGGUAACCGCAAUUAACAACCCCCGAAGCUUGUCUCUGGAUUCUUUCCUGCUCAACCACAGUUUUGAAUAUAACAUGGCUGCUCUUUCCUCGUGGAUCGAGUUCACCGUGGAAAAAUUCAUUUGCCCGGAAAUGAAGCAGAUCUUUUGGCUCAGCUCCGCGGGCCUGCUCAUGGUGGUCUUGGGCGAGUGCCUGCGGAAAGCGGCCAUGCUCACCGCCGGCUCCAAUUUCAACCACAUCGUUCAGAAUGAGAAAUCCGAGACCCACACGCUGGUGACGCGGGGCGUGUACGGGUGGUUCCGCCACCCUUCAUACGUUGGGUGGUUCUACUGGAGCAUCGGAACUCAGGUCCUCCUCUGCAAUCCCAUCUGCCUGGUGGGUUACACCCUGGUGUCCUGGCGUUUCUUCCGCGAGAGGGUCGAAGAGGAAGAAAGGACGCUGAUUCAUUUCUUCGGAGAAGAAUACCUGGCCUAUAAGAAGAAGGUACCCACCGGCCUGCCGUUUAUCCGAGGGCUUAAAAUCGAACUGUGAGACCCACCCGGGCGAAACGAGGAAGCCCUCCACUCGGCACCGUUGCCUGCCCCAUCAGGGGCUGGCUUUCCUAGUCGGGGGAAAUUCUUUGGGGGUUUGCAGAGGGCUAAGAUAAGUUUUGGGGUCAUAGGCUACCUUCCUUAAAAAUACCCACCUUGCUAAGAGGGAUUUGGGGAGCGGCCUAGAGUUCUCAGACCAAGCCGUAAGGCUGUUUUUUUUUUUAAAAAAAAGAAAAUAAUUGUCAUUUGUUCUUUGGCGGGCCGAACAAAGACGUUGCAGCGAGUUCUAACCCCGGCCUGGCCGAAAGGGGAGUGGAGAGAGAUUCUCGCGGACGAGCUUUUUCCCAAAAAUCAUGCCCAUCUUCCUCUCUUCCCGCUUCCCCUUCCGAACGGCUGCUUGAAGCCUGAUCUUAAGCCCUCUGGGAACAAAUCAUUCUCACCCAGCUGGGUCGAUCGACUCGUAGCCGCAAAUCCCUCUUCUUCUUUUAACCGCCUGCAACGCUUUCGGUCCCCAAAGAGAGAAUUUUGGGGGCGGGGAAGGUUUGGAAAUGCUUGGGGAUUUUUUUUUGGUCACUUAUGCAAAACCUUUAAGACAAGUCUGAAACGGUUGGUUUCUAAACGUCAUGCUUCCUUCCUUUCUUUUUUUCUCUCAUUGUCAUCUUGACUUUUUUCCUCUCGACCUUUUGCCGUUUUCAUUUGAGAAAGCGUUCAAAAUUCAUUUCGGUAAAGAGGAGCAGCAAAACCUGUUCUCUGACUUGGCGCACACUUGCAUAAGUUGAUAAAAACCACAGGGAGAGUCCUUUCUUCGUCAAACUCUGACAGGUUGUCCCCUUUCCGAUCACGCUCUUCUGUUCACGUUACAUGCCAAAGAGACAUUUCUUACCUUUCUGUGUUAUUCUAGGGCUGCGCUUAUAAUCAGGAUAGGAAUUGAGGCUUAGCAGAAAUAGAGGAACCCACAGGAGGCCCGCUUGCAGUUCAGUGCAGUGUUUUGCCCCCAGAUGCAAUCGAUCUUUCAAUCUAACCGGCUGUCUGUAUUCCUUAACCAUACCUGAGGCUCGUGUGAAACAGAAAAGGGAGGUUUUCACCCUGUGGAGGGUGGAAAACUUUAAAAAGGUUUUGUGAUUGGAAAACUACUAAUUGCAGAGGCAAGCAACUUUUAGUUUCUUUACUAAAUCUAAUCUUCCUUUUUCCCUUCCUCCCUUCCAUCUUCCUUUUGUUUCUCUUUCCUUCCUCCCUUCUUCCUGUUUUUCCUUCCUUCCUUCCCUCCCUCCCUUCCUUCCUUCCUUCCUUCCUCACUGAUACAAGGCUCACUUAAAACAUGCACACCCAAACAGCCCUCUGUGCUCUGAAAAGCUGUAUUCUGAAUUUGUGUAAGACUUUAGACUGUUUACCCAAUUGCUCCUGCUGUGCCUCACCCUAUCAUGUACUUUUGAGAAAAAAAAUUUUUUCCUUUCGCAUAAUUGAUUCUAAGAGAUGGGGCUAAAGGCUGUGCAGAGAUCUGAGCCCCCUGAUGUUUGAUGAUCUGACUCUUCUGGGGUUUGAGAUUUCACCAGACCGUCCACCCGCUCUUGUCCCGCCCCCCCAGAACCCCAGUAUAUUUUUGCAACCCUAAAAGCUGAGGCUCUUGGAAAGCUGCAUUUUGCAGCCCUAAACCACACCUUCUAGAAGACAAUGAACAAUGAACAAUGCUGAGCAAGGCUGGUGGGUGGUGCAGCACGUGGUGGGGGUUUUCCAACCAUUGUUGUAGCCUGUGGUGUUGAUCCUCAUGUUAAGCAAGACCAUGGUUUGUCUGCCUGGUCUGGAGAAGGACAGAAGAGGAUGGGAGGAUUCCGCUUCGGUGGAAUUGGGGGGCAGGACAGAGAAAGGACAUUGCUGGUGAGGCUCCUGUUAUAUGUUUAGCUCUGCUCUUGAGUAAAGAGUUGGACCUGGUUGGUCGUCUUGAAGGGGAUGAGCUUGUGUCGCAGUCUCCCUUCUUCCUAGGCCGGCUUUGGCUCCCACAUUUUACAUUUGGGGGCGAGGAUGACCACAGAGAUGAAAGCGUGCCAGUGUUUUUCCUGCAGCUGAAAAAUGCAGGGCGGAAAUUGGAAGCCCUCCAGAAAUCCCACCUCCUGCUGAUGAAGGAGAUCAGACCAGGCUUUGCUUUUGGCGAUCUUAAUACUUUAAUCUGAACGCAAGGCUGGUUUAAUUUUAGCAGCAGAACGAGGGUAGGGCUGGUGAGAGACCUUAAGACCAAGAUCUACAGGCUGGAGACUUUCUGACGAGCUCCGCUUAAUCCGCGGCGCACUGCAAACGCGCUCUUGAAACAUCUCCCCGAUGGCCUCGUGCUGAACCUAUGAAUUCCCUAGCGUGGCCCUGAGAAAUUUGCAACCCCCCAAUCCACAGGGAUCUCCAGUCCUGAGGUUUAAAGAUUCGCUGUGGAAUCUGCGCUGGGGAAAAACGCCUUUCCCGUUUCACCGAUCCAACUUCUGAGCGAGCAGAGGGGGGGUCCACGCAUCUGAUCCAUCUGCAGAAUUAAACCCACCGCUGUUUUCCCCAAAGCCCUUGGCGGGCUGCAAAGAACCCAUCAAGAGGCCUCACUUACUUUUUAAGCAUCGCUUUUUCCCCAAGGCACGGUCGGGAGGUGUGGCAGACGCAAAGCCUGUUGAAAUCUCAGAUGCGCGCAUUCUCCAGGGUGUGCAGAUGUCAGUUCAAAUUGUUUUAAAGCAAGGGACAGUUGUGCAAAUUGACUCCCAUCGGUGUCACCUUUUCUUGAAGCAGAGCUGAGAUGACCCAGGCUGAUAGUUUUAUAAUUUUUUUUUUUUUUUUAAAGACUGGUCACGCAUAUGGGUUGGAAGUCGCGAUUUUGGGGGGUGUCUUUGGGGACGUUGGGCUCUAUUACCUCAACCAGAGAAAUGGAUUUUUUUUUAUUU